AUGUCCGAAGCCCUUGAUGUAUACCGCGAACAUAUACCGGAUGAUCUAUUCGAAGGGUUACAAAGCAUCAGGAUACACACAGCCCAGGACUUCUUAUUUGCAUCAAUGCCUGUUCUCUUCCAUCGGCUACCUGCUGGGUGUACCACUCUACAUGAACUUAACGAGAUUCACGCACAUGUCCUCGGUCUCUGCGGCGCACAAGGGAUAUCAGGGGACAUUCUAUACGAGAUGGAGACGACGGAGAACUCUGAGAUCUUUCGUGUGACUUCCCCUGUCACUCAGUUGAAUGAUCUUGUCGGAGGCGACUUCGGAGGCUCGGGUCGCGGCAAGGUAUUGGAGAUAUCGGGCGACACGGGCUCUGGAAAGACCGCUUUGGCGCUACACCUGGUUCUACUCUACUUGUGCUCGCGUGAAGACGUAUCGGCACUAUGGCUCGACUCUGUGGGUGACUUCUCUGUCGAAAGACCUAGCUCUCUCCUAACUCAAUACGAGGGCCCAGCGAAGUCGAGUGUUCUCGAUAGACUGCGGGUGGCAUUGGCCUUUGAACCGGACGCGGCAUAUCCGAUCCUGGCAGAACUUCACAACACCCUUACUAUGGGCACAGACCCUUGUCCACGCGUACUUGUUGUCGACACAAUCUCGGCCCUCCUUGGGCCUCAUCUUUCUGCGACAUCUUCGGAGGGUCACGCCAUGAUGGCUGACUUGAUGCGAACGUUGCGUACCAUCGCCAACGCGCAUGGUCUUUGCAUCUUGGUGCUCAACAACAGUACCAAGUGCUUACCAUAUAACGAGGAGUCGAACUUCAAGACCACGCUUCGCAAACCACAGUUGGGUCCUUCGUUCACAUUCCUGACGGACGCGACUCUCUGGCUCGACAAGCUCUACCCAGAUGCGGAGACGGCCGCGCUUGAAUCCGAGGGUCGAGAAGGCGAAUUGAGAGUAGCGGAGGUAUUCCGGUCGCGGAUCUCACCCUCAGGAACGUAUUGCUUAUUCCGCAUGCGAGGCGGUCACAUCUCAGCUUACGAAACUCCAGCCCGACAUGAUGAUGCAGAAAUCGUUUAA